AUGGGCCCUUUUUGCAGAGCCACAAGGUUCCUGCUGAAAGUCUUGACCUUGUCCUUCGCAGCCUUCGCAUACGAGAGAUGUGGAGAUACUGACAACAAUUGCUACAAAUGGGCACUGGAAGGAGGCUGCGAGAAUUCCUCCGACUCAAUCGAGAUUUAUUGCCCAUUGAGUUGUGGCAGCUGCGAGCCACACAGUUGCAGUGCCCAGGAAGCCAACGAGGACUUUUGCACUAUGGAUCUUGAACUUCGAGACGAGGAGAAUGGUGGGAUGCACUGUACAUUUUGGCACAAUCUGCCAGGACGAGGUCCAAUCAAUGUCUCCUUUCUCUCCGAAGUGGAAACACACGUAGGUGUGAUCAAGCUGCAGGGUGCCUUCUCAAUGCAUACCUACGAAGAUCAUGUUUUCCGCUUCAGAGAUGCAGGAGGAGAGAUCCUGGCGACGCUGCGGAUGGUCAAGUCCCGAAUCGUCCUGAACCUCGAUGACGACUUCAUCGCCUCGCUGACCAACUGUGUAGAUCGGCCGCAAGAGCACUGGGACAAAACCUGCGACAUUUGGGCAAAAGAGGAGCAAUGUGUGCGAAAUCCUGGUUUCAUGACCGUCUUCUGUGCGAAGACGUGUCAUACUUGUCACCUCCGCGAGGAGGACCUGAGAUGUGCACGUCGAUAUUUGCCUAUGAGCCAAAAACCAGUGCUGCAACGAGGAGAUAUGGAUCAGAUGUUCCAAGACAUCAAAGACCGUGCGCAGAAGUACAGCUCGAACGUCCAGAUCUUGAGUCGAUCCCCGUGGAUUGUUGCCUUCGAGGGCAUUAUCUUAGAGGAAGAAAUAGCAGAACUCCUUGCAGCACAGGGUCAAGAGAAUUUUCGUCGGUCCAAAGAUCAAGGAGAUCCUGACAGCUUUGGACUUAUGAAGGCAAUUGUUUCUUCCAACAGAACGUCACAGAGUGCCUGGUGCCAAGACACUUGCAAAGAGCUUCCGAGCUACAUUGCAGUCACUGAUAGAAUUGCUAAGAUCAUCCAGGUGCCGACAGACCACUUCGAGUCGAUGCAGUUCUUGAAGUACAACGUUGGCGACUACUAUGUGAAGCACCAUGACAUGAAUGAAGAAAAGGACAAUGACCGAGCUUGCGGACCUCGGAUAUACACCUUCUUCUUGUACCUGUCUGAUGUUGAAGAAGGCGGUGAGACGUAUUUCAACCAGCUGAAUAUCUCCGUGAAACCACGUAAAGGCCUGGGUCUGCUAUGGCCCUCGGUACUCUCGGAGAAUCCAACCGUGCGAGAUGAUCGGACCAUGCACGAAGCCAAAGCUGUGCUUCGUGGCCUGAAGGUGGCCGCCAAUGUGUGGGUCCACCUCUUCAGUUACGAGAUACCCAACCUCUGGGCCUGCACCGGUGGCCUCUAUCGCUAG